ACCCGCGCGCGCGCGGUGCGGAAGUUGUAAUCCGGAAGUUAAAAAAAUUACCACCCAUGUAUGUGGUUUGAUAUAUUUUCUUGAGCUCUUUGGCUAAGUAGCAGCAUUUAUCCUGUCUCUUUUAAGGGAGCAGAUGUUUGCUCUCCUUUCCAAAAGAACAUGUUUCCGAGGUCUCCAGGCUUCCCUCUCAAGCAAGGGCAAGUUAAUGGGUUAUUCCCCCAUUGCAUUGUACCCCAUAACUUCUCACAACAACAAACUGAAGCCAAUCUGAACAUCAUAAACUUGCUUGGCCAACCUUUGAAUGUAUUCCCUCAUAUACCAAAAUAUCAGUGGAAAGCUGCACCAGAAAUUUCUCACAACAGUCAAAAUGGAUCCAGAAAGAGGAAAAGUGACGGAAACAUGCAGCAUGACCUCAAGAAGCAGCGCUUUGGUUCUUCUCAUCCAUAUGGACACCCAGCCAAAAGCGGCACUUACAGCCCAGUGCCUCGGGGUGAGCAGGGGCAAACCAGUGGGUUUGUGAGGGAGGUCUGUUCUCCUACUCACUCCCCUAUACGCCAUCUGGUCAGCUCUAAACCACAGUGCAGCGUUCCAUUUGUCAGAGAGGAGUACAGUCAGAAUUCCUUGCCAUCACACGUAAUCAAAGAUAAGCUGAGCCAGCAGAUUCUGGAUCUGUUCCACACUUGCGAACAGAAGGUUGAGGACUUGGAGAAGAAGGAAUUCUGUCGUGCGAGGUUGCAGACUGACAUUCAGAGGCUCUUCCCGUGUGCGAGGAUCUUCCUGGCAGGGUCGACCCUGAACGGUUUCGGUAGUCGAACCAGUGAUGCUGAUUUAUGUCUUGUUGUUCAGGAGCGUCCAAUUAACCAGAAAACAGAUGCAGUGUACAUACUCAGUCUUGUGCAGAAGCUGUUAUACAAACUGUCUUACAUUGAGAGACCUCAGCUCAUCCGAGCAAAAGUGCCAAUACUGAAGUUCAAGGACAGAGUCAGUGGCGUGGAGUUUGAUUUGAAUGUUAACAACAUCGUGGGAAUCAGGAACACUUUCCUACUGCGGACGUACGCAUACCUGGAGAAGCGCGUUCGCCCCAUCAUCCUUGUGAUCAAGAAGUGGGCUGGUCAUCACAGGAUCAACGAUGCCAGCCGUGGAACCCUGAGCAGCUACUCACUGGUCCUAAUGGUCCUACAUUACCUCCAGACUCUUCCAGAACCUGUCAUUCCUUGCCUUCAAAAGGAUUAUCCAGAGUGUUUCAGCCCUGUAAUGGAUAUUCAUCUAGUUCCAGACGGCCCCAAGAGCAUUCCUCCAUUUCUGUCGAAGAACCAGUCUUCUCUUGGAGACUUGCUCCUCGGCUUCCUGAAAUACUAUGCCACAGUUUUCAGAUGGGACAAGUACGUCAUCUCAGUCCGUGAAGCAAAAGCUCUGCCCAAGUCAAACUGCUGGGAAUGGAGAAGCAAUUUCCUUUAUGUUGAGGAACCAUUUGACAGCUCGAACACAGCAAGAGCAGUUCAUGAGAAAAUGAAGUUUGAUGCCAUCAAAGCAGUGUUUACAGAGUCUUGGCAGGUCCUGCAAGUGAGGAAAGAUCUGAACUACAUUUUACCCAUUAGAUAGACCCAAGCCCAGACUGAAGUUAUGAACCUUGUUUUAUGAAGACAGCUGAACCAUUUUCAUGAUCUUCGAGUUUGGUGGUCAUCUUGAACCACUUUUCUUGCAAACCCCAUCACCUCUACACUGCAACCUGUUUAAGUUAAAAAUAGUGUUGAAUAAUUAUCUUGUCUUUGUUUUCUUGGUUAGUUUUGGGAUUUGGGCAGCACUGCGAUGCUAGCCACAAGUUCCUUAAGAUUCAAGACUAAAAAGCUGUAGUCUCAUAUGAGCUUCAAACGUGCAGACGAGGUAGUGACAAUUGCACAAUGUUUGUAGGUAGCUCUUCAGGUUCCCUUCCCAAACAGGUCAUUGAUCUGUUCUGUAUUUCCUUACUGAAAUAUAAUUAGCAUCUGGUCUCUCAUUCAACACAUGAUUUUUGACACUUUAAUUAAUGCCUUAGAAAAUAACAGCAUUAGAAAAUCACUGGUGUAUGUUGCCGUUUCUUGCUUUAUUGUCACUUUUUGUACCUUCUGUACAGUCUUUUUAAUGUUUAUUUAAUGAAUUAAAAUUUCUAUAUUUAAA